CUUUUUUUUAGCCUAAAAAUGAAUAAAGAUAAAAGAGAAGCUGAUUAUCCUGUUGAGCUGGAAUCACAGUUCAUAAUGAGAUUACCUGAAGAACCUGCAAAAUCUCUCAGAAGUGUACUAAACUCUGGAGAGAAUUUUAAGAACAGACUUACUAUAAAAAUGGAUAGUGAUAUGCGGCAUAGUGAAGUUCGAUUUGACCAUUGGUUAUUAUAUGGUAAAAUAGUUGAUCUACCUACAAUAGUUGAAUCUUUAAAGACCAUUGAUAGAAAGAGUAUUUAUAAGACUGCAGAUAUUUGUCAGUUAAUGAUAUGCAAAGAAGAAAUGGAUCCUUCAUCUACUGAAGAUGAAUCUCCAACAAAAAACAAAAAGAAAGACCCUUUCAAAGUCGAUAAGAAAUUUCUUUUUCCACAUGGUAUUACACCGCCAACAAAGAAUGUUAGAAGACGACGCUUUAGGAAAACAUUAAAAAAAAAGUGUGCUGAAGCACCAGAAAUUGAAAAAGAAGUAAAAAGGCUAUUACGAGCAGAUAAUGAAGCUGUUUCUUACACUUGGGAAAUAAUUAAAGAAGAGGAUGAUCAAAACACGAAACCAGAACCUACUACAUCAGUCAAAGGAGAUAAACUUAAGAAAAAGCAAAAGGUUAAGGUCGAAACUAAAAUUCCUAAUGAUUCAUCAUCCAAAGUAGAAGACAUAUUUGGAGGUAGUCUUAGUGAUAGUGAUUUGGAAGAUGAAAAUGUUAACAUUGACAUAGAUGACAGUAGAUUAUCUUGUGAUGAUCUAUCAGAUUCAUUCCAUGCUACUGGAGAUUUUAAAACCAAACAAUAUACUCCACAUUUUGGUUCCGAAUUUUAUCCUUCCCAACCAACACAUAGUCUUUCUGAAUCUUAUGAAUCUACUUCACAAGGUAUACAAAAUAUAGAUUAUAAUUUAGAAGAUUCUUUAACCCAACCAAAUGAAAAUACUGUAAUGUCUCAGCUACAACAGCUGAGUGCUGAAAUAGAAGAAUUAAAAGAAAGACGCCAUAGAACGCAACAAGAAAUUGCAGGAAUGGAAAAUAUGACCUUGAAACUAAGAUUUGAAGAUGUACUUCAGUCAUUAAAUAAAGAUAUACUUUACAAGGAACUGGAAUAUCAGAAUUUAUUGACAAAAUAAAUAAACAUAAAAAUUUACUGCUUAUCUUAAGAAAUGUAUCUAUUAUGUAAUGUCUAUGUAUAUCAAAUAUA